AAAUCAAACAUAGCGAGAAUGGCGAUGCACGUGUGUUGUAAAUAAAAGCGAUAUUUAAUCGGAUUUGGCUUGAAAAAAGUUUGCUGUCUUUACCAAUAACAAGAUGGACUUAGAACAAGAAACGGAACAAGCUUCAAAUGCAGUGGCUAAGAAUUAUAUUGACAGCCCAAAGCAAGAUAGCCUUGGAAUGGAAACAACAUCUAAUACUGAUAUGGCACUGGAAACAGACAGCAAUGAACCAGAUACACAAGAAGUUGUAGCUUCAGUUAUUGAAAAGGACAAAUCCUUGAAAGGUGUUCUUGAUACAAGUGUUGACAGUGGAAUACAUGAUGUUCUUAUCAAACAAGCACCAGUUGAUGAUUGUGAACAUCCUGAUACAGCAAAGACAAAAGAACCAUUGGAAGAUGCUUGUACUGAUACAAAUGUGGAAACCAAUGUAAUAGCACAUGAUGUUACAAAAACAAGUCUGGAAAAUAGUCCAGAUAGUAAUGUGAGAGCAGAGAAUAAUGCCAGCACUGAAAAGGAAAAUAAAGAAGGGUCCUUCAGUUGCGGUUCCAUCACAUCCAACAAAGCAAACUUAAUUGAGAAUGAAGUGAACACAAACAAAUCAGCAAAUGCUACAAAUGACCUAAAAGCUGUUCAGACUGAAAAAGCUUCUGAUACAAACAAAGACAUGGAAGUUGAAGAAAAAGGUCCAAAUGCAUCUGAUACAGAUGUGAUUGUUGUAGAAGGUGCAAGUACCAUGAUGGACUACAGAACAGCAGAGAAAGUUAUCACUGUAGAUGAUACUUCUGAUUCUUCAGCAGACAGCAGUGAUUCUGAUGAUGAUGCCACUGAUAACAAGAAGGAAACUGAAGCAAAGAAUACCGAGGCCCAAAUAAAUAAGAUAAUAUCUAAUGAGAGAGAAGCAUCACCAGAAAGAGAGAAGAGGGUAAAACUGAACAGACAUGGAUUUGAGGAUAUUAGAACUAAAGGAGAACUACAGCCAGAGGAUUUGCCUCCCCUUGAAGAGUUGACCAUUACAGUAGAUGAUACUGUUGUUAUGGUAGAGGUUGGAAACAUCAAGAGCAUUGUAGGAAUCCUAGUUGUGAUACAGUCCAAUGAAAAUGUACCACCAUUGGAUGAUGAAACCAUUUUGUUUGUCGAGGGACAUAAAGUUCUUGGACAGGUUUUUGAGGUAUUUGGGCCAGUAAAGACACCAUGGUACUCUGUUCGAUUCAACGAGGCAAGCAAUAUUGAAGCCAAAGGUUUGAAGGAGGGAAUGCCAGUCUUCUGUGCACCCAGGGAGGAUUCAUUCACCAAGUUUGUCUUUGUAGAUAGUCUCAAAAGGGUAAAAGGGUCAGAUGCAUCUUGGGAGGACAAUAAUGAACCUCCAGAAAAGCAUCUUGAUUAUUCUGAUGAUGAGUCGGAGAGAAGAGCCAAGGCUAAGAGACGUAACAAGAAGUUUGGCGAUCAUGAAACUGAAGGCGGUGGGGAUGGAGACAAUAAUGUGCAGAGGAAAAAUCCGAGACAACGUAACAGAAGUAGAGGAAAUAGAGAUGACCAGUCUGGUGCUGGGCCACAGCAGCAGAUGAAACAUUCAAAAAGGGGCUGGAAUCCUUUCCAGGAAAACCAGAAUGAACAUACUAAUAAUAUGCCUCCUAGAUUUGGAGGUAGACAACAGAACAAUGGUCACAACAGUCAAGCCAGUGGUCAAAGAUGGACACCAAGUCGGGAUAAUUUCAACAGACCACAGUCUCGUUUUGGCGGACCCCCAGAUUUUCAGAAUCGGCCAAGAACGGGUCAAAAUCAAGGACGGCAUCAGUUUGGAGGAAGAAACUUUCAGCAUCAAAACAACUGGAGACCACCACCAAAUACAAACUGUCCAGAUAAUAUGCAGAAUUCUGGACAACCUUCUAUGAAUGGCCCAUGCCCUGCAGACAGACCAUUUAAUUUACAAAGUCCACCCCCUUCAAUGGGUACAUCAGGGUUUUGUUCAAAUUCGCAGAAUGGUCCUCCUGGACCAAUGAAUGUUAACUUUCCUCAGCCACCACCUCAAUUUCAGGCUGGCAAUCAGAUAAGACCACCAAAUCAGCAAGCUGGUAUGAAUCCUUGGAUGAGACCUCCAGCAAGCAUAAAUCUUCAAAAUGCAUCUUUCAUUGCAAACAAACUUCCAAAUGCUAAUAAUCAGUCUGCUCUUCAAGGGAACCAGACAAUGAAUCAACUGCAAAUGAAUGCAGGGAACCAGACUUUUAACCAAGGGCAACCAAACAAUGUCACAGCAUACCAGGGCAACCAGUCUAACAUUACACAUCCUGUCAAUAAUACACCUCAAACCAGUCAAGGGAAUUUCUCAAACUUUGGUAUGAAUAUUGGACAGAAUCAGUUUAACCAGCCCCCACCAAACAGCAGACCUAAUUCAAUGCCACAGGUACAACCUGAACAGAAUGUUAGUACUAAUUUUCAGCAGAACUAUAGUCAGUUUCAAACAAAUGGUUUCAGUGGCCAGUCUAGUUUUCCAAGUGGAAAUAAUACUGACAAAAGUGGAUCCGGUGGUCCAAAUUUUAUACCUGCUUGUAACAAUAACUUUCAGUCUGGAGAAAUGAACCCAGGAUCGUACAAUGGACAGUCAACAAAUAUCCAAAGGCAAGAAUUAGGACAUUUUCAAAUGCAAAAUAAUUUGGGGCAACCAGGUUUUAAUAACAUUCAAAAUAGGCAAUGUGGUGAAAACCAAAAUUUUGUCCAAAACCAGAAUUUCAGAAAUAAUCCACAGAAUAGUUUCCCACAGGGCAGUAUACCAAAUGGCAGCAGUGGUAAUCAGUUUAUUCCACAGGGAUAUGGAUUUCAGAACAAUUUUAUAGGACAAAAUCAGCCUGCAGGACAGGGUGGAUUUAAUCCAGUCUCUGGCACAUCUUAUCCUUGUACAGGGAACAGCUUUGUACCAGCUGGAAACAGUGUUGGAGGACCUAAUCAAAUGCAAGGUACUGUGCAGCCAAAUAUAAUAACGGAUCAAAGAUUCAUACAGAAUAACUCUUAGAAAUUAAUCAGAUAUAUGGGCAAUACAUGAUGUGACACUGAUCUCUGUGUUUUGAAUUAUCUAUGUAUUCAAACAACAUACAAACACCUAUGGAACGUAGUGUGUACAUUGAAGGCAGUGCCUGUGGCAGAUGGAUCAGAAAAGGAAGCUAAAUAGACAAAUGUGUUGUGGACAAAAGGGUAGAAUUUGUUAAGACGAAAGACAGUUUUAGGGCAUGUUCUAAAAGAUGUAUUAAAUAUAUUCACUAGAUAUGUUUAAACAUGCUAAUGAAAAGAAACUAUGUUUUAAGCUGUUACUGAAAAAGUGUGGCAUAUACACAAGGGAUUUUGUGGCCACAUUGAGACGAAGUUAAGACUAGUUAUAAAUUUCUGUAUCCCCGGUGUAUAGAAUUGCUUUUUAUCUUCUUUAUAUAUAUUUUCACUAAAAGUAUAUGCAUAAAAUUAGUUAGGAAUAAAAAAAAUGGUGCAAAUUUGUGAUUAAAAUUGAAGGGAG